UAUGUUUCUACCGGAAGUUCGGGAAAUGUGCGUUCGUCGGAGUUGUUGAUGUUUUUAUCCAAAUCGUAGACGACAGAUAUUAUGGAGGACGACAGUUCUGAUGAUGAUGUCAUGCAACCUGCUUUGCUGGUGGAUGAUGAUGGAAUCGGAGAUGAAUUCGACCUUGAUAUACCCCCAACAUCAGGCAGUGAAUAUCUGAAGCGAGUUCGACAAGAAGCUAAAGGAUGUCCUAAAGUAGUAGUAGCUGAAGUGGACCAGGCUGGAUUUCGUCAAACUGUUCUAAUCAAUCAGGCGACCGGCUGUCAUCCUGCUCCUAGAGGGUAUGCUUUUGACCUUGCUUGGCAGCGUACACAGGUGGCUAACUUUGCAGAGCUAAGACAGAACUUGGCAAGGCAAAAGCUCUCCGAAAAGCAUUCAAUCAUUCAACAAAGGAGUUUGCCUGCAGGCAACGAUGUGGAGGGUUGGUGCCGACUUUGUUUCGGGAGAUUACAACCUGCUGGGUCAAGACCACAGGAAGUAGUACCCGAGGAAGGUGAAGAUAAAAUGGAGAGAGGAACUCUUCCCUUCCUCAACAUCGUCAUGGCGAUGGACCAGGCUGUACUUGUCAAAGUCCUGGAGUACCAUGUCAACUGGUUCGAGGCUACAGGAUUUACAGACAGACAGGGGUGCUGGUUCUAUGCAUUACUGGCUUGGCUACAGAAACCUCUAAUACCUGAAGCUUGCUCCCUCCUGCGCUCGCUGGCAAGAGGGGCGGCCAAUCUCCGAGCAACUUUAGACUCAGCAGAUAGCCCCCACCUGGCGCCACUUAACUUGUUCAUCUGUUUAGUGUCACGCUACUUUGACCAAUCAGAUUUAGCCGACCCAGUAUCUUGACACCAACAGGAAAUUUGAUAUUCUGUGAACAACCAAACUCAAAUUCAGGAUGUCAGUCUUCUGAAUAGCAUGACAAUGGAAAGGACGGCAGAAAUUCACAAGGGUCGGCAAAAAUUCACAAAGGACGGCAGAAAUUCACAAAGGUCGGCAAAAACUCACAAAGGACGGCAAAAAUUCACAAAGGACGGCAAACAUUCACAAAGGACGGCAAAAAUUCACUAAGGACGGCAAAAAUUCACAAAGGACGGCAAAAAUUCACAAAGGACGGCAAAAAUUCACUAAGGAUGG